ACCUCUUCUCCCUGGGAAACUCAACCAGUCUGUUGUCUGACUUUUUUCCAGAAGGUGCCAUGGGGCUUCCCAUAUUGUUCAGCUGCAUCCUGAUGGUGCUUCUUGCAGAAGGUCCUUCUACGUAUGCACAGACUGUGAGAGGAGCAGUGGGCCAAUCUGCCACUUUGCCCUGCACGUAUUCAGUGCAUAAGGGUGUCACAUCUAUGUGUUGGGGGCGAGGAGGGUGUCCUCUAAAUGGGUGCUCAAACGAAAUCAUAUGGACAGAUGGACACAAGAUGACCUUUCAGCAUUCCGACCGAUACUACUUAAAGGAGGACCUUUCUCAAGGGAUUGUGUCUUUGACGAUAGAGAACCUGACAGAGGCAGAUGCUGGGACGUAUUGCUGCCGGGUGGAAAUUUCUGGUUGGUUUAAUGACCAAAAAGUCACAGUGAAUCUGAAGGUUGAACAAGUUUCUUCCACUCCCGUUUUGGACAUAGUGACAGCAACCAGACCUUCAGAAACAUCAGAUGGAAAAAGCUGGACACAGCCUGAUAUUCCAAUUGGAGCAAAUGAUACAGUGACAGGGAUUUCAGAAGGCUACCAGUAUGAAAACAAAACGGUCAUCCUAUAUGACCAGUUGGUGACCACUAAUAAGGAAAUAUACAUUGGAGUUGGUAUCUUCAUUGGGGUGCUUCUCAUUCUGAUUUUACUUGUCUUUGUUUUGAAACGAUAUUUCUAUAACAGAAAGAAUGCACAAACUCUAAGUCUGACUUUCUUGGCAAGUAGUAAAAAUGAAGUUGUAAGAACUGCCACUGAAGAUGGCAACCGCGCAGAGGACAACGUCUACACGAUUGAAGAUAAUGUCUACAUUGUUGAGGAGGAAAAUGCCUACAUUAUUGAAGAGGAGAAUGCCUAUGUCGUGCCAACAUGCAACGAGAAGCAACCACCCUCUAACGUUUGGUCAUAACAUCCUCAACUAACAGUUCUGGCCUUUUCCAUGUUCAUUUCCUUUUAAGCUGAUGGACUAUUCCUAGGUGUUGUCUCUACCUGACAGGAGCAGUUGCAACAAUAAAUGGUGACUCUGGAGAUGAAACAACGAACCUGGUACCAAACAAUGUCAUCUUUGUCAGACUACAAACUAUGCCAGAAAGAUGAGAGUUGAAUCUGGAACUAAUUCUCUUAAGUUAUGGCAUUUUGUGUCAUGUGUGGACAUAGAGAACUUAGGGUUUCUGGAGAGCCACACAAUCACUGCAACUUUCAAUCAACCAAUGAAACAAAUAAAAGGGUAGUUUUGUUUUUGUAAAUUCCAAUUGUUAAUUUCUCUUUAAGUUCUUAUGUAAGCAACUGGUUUUAUUUCCUCCAUGAAUUCAGUUUCUUUAGUACAGGUAGAUCCAGUUCCCCUUCUUGGCUUUUGCAAAUGUGGCUUGAUGCCAACUUAUUUCCUGGGAGCUCAGAGAGCUCAUUUCCAUAGUUACAGGAAACUAGAGUGCCUUUCAUAGCUUAUGCUACAGUGUGUGCAAAGGAGUUCUAUUAAUAGGUGGUAGAUACAGCUUGGAACUGAGAACAUGAAUCCAGGGUACAGAAACUGCAACUGUCUUGGCCUCCUGCUGCCACAGACUGACAUAAGACGCAGAAAUCUGAGCCAUGGAAGGAAAAACUACCUUGAAAAACUGCAGUGAAUGAGAUGUCCAAUAGGAUAGGUCUUUUAGAAAGAAAUAGAGGCUGUUGCUGUUUGAGGGUAUUACUACUUUAGACUGACAAUCUCUUUCUAUCUUUCCCUAGCAAAUUUGAUCUUAAAAUGUAAUGAUUAAUGGGAAAAGACCAGAGAUUUUUUAAUUUUUAUAUUUCUCUUGAAGGGUAACUGACAUUAUGGACAGCCUGCUAUGCCUUCCUCAAAAGUUCAGUUAGACUUUUUGGUUCACUGGGGCAAAUUUGUACAGUAGGAAAAAUGGAUCCAGGGAACAACAAAGAUAUUAUUAUGGUUGUUGUGACCAAUGGUUUCAAAUAAGAACUAUUUUUUCUUUCUUUCUAGUAUUUAGAACAUUUGAAAGCUGAGAUCACCUGCUAGGUACCUCUGUUGAUAAUUUCAUGUACAAUGACUCUCCAUUCUAAGUAGUAUUUUGCAAUGCUUGGUUGUCCUAAUUUUAAACUGGAAAUUUAUAGCAACUUUCGGAAGAGAUUUCAGUAGUGAUGACAGCUCUGUUACUAAAAGGAGCCAGCUUUAAGAUUCUAAGGAUGGCCAAGAUGUGACUGAUCCCAAAAUGGUACUAAUAGAAGGA